CAAUUACAUACGCAAUAAGACCGUGCCAUUUGCCCUUGAGACUGACUAUCAUAAGAAGCAAAAACAGACAGAAAGGAAGCAAAAAGUCGUUCUGUGCCAUGUUGGCCGAAGGUUUUCUCAGAGUGCUGCGUUACAGGGAGGAGAGAAAGUUUGCUUCCAAGCAGAAGAGUUCGCAGACACAUCAUCCGGAACAGUUCAACAGUAUCCUCUUCGAGACAAACUCUACAGACCUACAAACAGAUUCAGCUGAAGCAGGUCCAAACCGGGAAGAACUCGAUCCUAGACCAGUGAAAAUGGCACCUCAAGGUCCUGCAGGCCUCUUAAUCCCUGGGUGCCCACCCCCUCUCAACCUGGACCCUGACUUUACAGCGUGCUUAGACGAUUGUAGCCUGCUGGAACAGUAUCCAGACCUGCAGGUGGCUGACUCAGGCCGCAUCUCACAGAACCCACAGAGACCCGCCAUCCCCUUGCACAAUUUGUACACGCCUGCCCCUGAAGCCUCCCGUCAACCAGAAUGGGCAGCCCAGGAGAGCCCACAAGGUGGGCGUGUCUCAUCGAUACCAGACCAGGGUUAUCUGGUUAUGGGAGCCAGUGUGAACAUCAGCUUGGAUCUGCCCGGAUCAAGGUUGGAGCCCAUGUCUAACUCGGUGCUGAACGGGCUGCUGGAGAAACAGCUGGAGGAGGUGUACAUGCAGCAUCUGACUGACAACUUGGCUCGAUGUAACUCCCACCUGGGGAACAGCCUCCUACAUGGCCUGGUGCCUCCGCCGCAGCCCAGCAGCCAGCUGCAGGGGCCUGACUCACUGGAGGCCAGUCUGGAACAGGGAUCAGGAGGGGACAGCAACAAGAAGAUUAGUUAUCUGAGCACCCAGAACUUACCUCAUUGCUCGUCUAACUUCAGCUCCCCUGUGCUGAGGAUUUCAGAGGCUGACAAUGCUCAUAUGCAAUGAAUGCAUACACCCUGUGAAAGUGUUAAAUGUGAUGCUCAGCAAGGCUUUUUGCUUCUGUACUUCUUUACCUUCAGGUUCACACUCACAAACAUGCAACUGAUGUGUGAAAAUGAGUACAAUUCAGGAUAUAAAUGCAUGCUUUUAUGUUUGUUUACUUAUAUUUACACAAUGUCUUUGUUUACUUGCUUGAUGAACUGAUGCCCCAUCUUUAAUUGCUCUCAUGUGCCAUCUGCUGUUAGAUUUAAGUACUACACCACCCUGACUUCACCUGACACACAUUUACAUUUAUUUUAUUGAUAUUAAAAGUGGUUGUGCUUAAAGUAUUUAUUAUUUGAAGCAAACUAAUCCAGUGUGAGUUUAUAGAUUUAGAUGUAUACUGCACAUUGAAGCUGACCUGUAAAUAGACAUGUAAUGGUAAUAUAUCUAUCUGGUCCAUUGAAGGUAAAAUAAGAUUCCAAUAAACUAAUUUAGCUGUCUUUUUUAAUGUUUUUAAGUGCAUUUGGAUUUAAUUCUGCAGUGUUGAUUUUGUUUUUAUAAUCUGUCUUUGUUCAAAUUCAAUAUUGUGCAUCCAUCUCUUGUUUUAAACUGACAUGUCAGUCUCUCAAUAAUGGCUGAAUAUACAUGAAAUAUAAUAAAUGGUUAAGUAAU